CGCCCAGAGCGCAGCGCAGCAUGUCCGACCUGCACGCUCGAGCUGCCGCCGACCUCGCCUCGGGCCCGAUCGAGGCCGCACCUCGCCCAGGCGGCGCCGCCCCCGCUCGUCGACCCUCCGCCACCGUCGCCGCUCCUGCACCCUCGGUCCCGGGCGCGCUGCCCAUGCGCAUCCCGGCCAUCCUCCGCCUCCAGGGCCCCAAGCUUGCGCCGCAGCUCGCGCACAAGAAGGAGCGUCAGGAGGGAACGACGGCCGGCUCGAGGAAGGCGGGGGUCGCGCCGGGCGGCAAGCGGCGGCGACGCAGGUGGGAGAACGCCCAACUUGCCCACAACCCUCACCUGCACCGUCCUUCUCGCUCCGACUUCAACCCCGGCCCGUCACUCAAGAACCUCUCGACGACCUUCUCGCCGCCGCCCGCCACCUUUUCCCGCUCGACCUACGUCUCGUCAUCGCCCUCCGACGCACCCUCCGCCGCCGACCUCGCCGCCGCCUCGACCCACGGGCACUUCUCGAUGUCGCUCCGAGGCCUGCGCCGCACCUUGCGCGCGAACCUCGGCGCCCGCCGCGGCGGCCGCAGCGACGAGGUCCUCGAGCUCAUGGAGCGCGAGCUGUGCGCAUGGCUCACGUUGAGCGGGCGCAUCCCCGAGGGCUUCUUCCACGAGUCGGGCGCCGGCGCCGGCGCGUCUCUCGCACAGGCGUGUGCGGGAGGCAAGGCGCUCGACUCGACGCCGCUCGAGGACUGGGUGUCGCCCUCGGCGCACGACGGCUCGUCCCUCCCCGACCUGCCCGCGAGCGGCUCGUUCCCCUCAUCCGCCGCCCUCGAGCCGGCCCCGCCGACGCUCACCGAGCUGUCUCGGCAACCUCACGCCCUCGUCUGGCUCGCCCCCUCACCCCACCACCGCUUCCUCCUGCACGCCCUCGCCCGGUACUACUCCCUCACGUCCUUCUCUCGCCCUCUCUCGCCCCUCGAGCCCACCAUCCGCGUCACGCACGUCCUGCGCCCGCAAAUCGCCCGCGCCGCUCGCGACGCACCGGGCGUCGCAGGAGGAGCAGGCGCCGAGACGCCGCCGGGCACCGACUGGACCUCGGCCGGCGGCACCGAGGAGGAGGAGAUCGGCUUGUCGACCGAGCUCGACGAGUUGACGAGCGACGCCGACGGCGAGCUCGACACGGACACGGACGCCAUGUCGGUCCUCUCGGCGCCGCUCGAGGAGGACGAGGACUUGCUGUCGGGCUCGGACUGGGAGGGACGAGCGCGACACGGCGUGCCGGCGCCGGCGGGAGCGGGCGGGACGGACGACGAGGCCGAGGCGGUCUAUUCGAGCGCAACCGAGUCGAGCGCCGAGGACACGGGCGUCGACACGGGCGACGAGGCGCAGCGCGACGCCCUCGCGAGAAGGUUCGCGCGGUUGGGCGUGCAGGCGCCCUCGACGCCUACUCGCCUCGCUUCGCCGCUCGCCCGCCUCAACGGCUCGUCGCCGUCCCCCGGCGGCAGUGCCACGCCUCGAGCUCCUGCUCUCGCACCGCCCUUCUCGCCAGUGCCAGCCCCCAACUCGAGCGCCGCCGACCCGUCGACGCCCCUCGCGCGACCCGCUGACCGCCCUCGAGGUCGGCGCUCGCUCCCGUCGGCGACGCUCGCGCAUGCCGAGGGCUACAGCUCGGCCGCCGAGUCGAGCCCGUCACGCAGCCCGUCUCGGCAAGGGCUCGGCCUGAGCGCCCGGGGCGCGUUCGUCGGCGCCGAGGCGGGCGAGUGGCGCCUGCCCGAGAGAACGUUCGCGGCGUGGGUGUUUGAGUAGAUGUCAAGGGUGGAUAGACGGCCUCGGCGGUGCAACUACGCGAGCCUCUCGCGCUUCCUCUGGCUCG